GUCAGCCCGGAAGAUCUCCGACUGCACGAAGCAACGACACCGAGAGCGCGUGUUUGCCUCUCGAGCUGUCGGUUAAGGCUCUGAAAUGAAUGAAGACUCCAUUGUUCAGGCGCAGACACCGGGGAAAGAUUCAGAAGACUGUACUGUGACGCUUGUUACUGCUCUGUGUCCGUAUCCGGAUUAUUACCGAUCCACGGGCAUUAACCUGGCUGCGCGCGGUGCGGCUCGUGUGUUCGUGACAGCCGAUUGAUGGUGCAGAGGCUCGUGCGGUGCUGUUGGGAAAUGCGAAACAGCGGUUUGGUGACAGCGCAAGGACGAUUUCAAGAUAAAUACUGCAUCUCAUUGAUGACACAUUCACAUGACUUCGCUGUGCGUCUGUGGGAGUGUGCGCCAUAUCCCCGAUGCACCUGCGCCUCCGGCAAAUGAAUGGUGAUCCUGGGCUGAUGGAUAUUUUUUAAUGAGUCACUAUAUAUCUGUUAACCUAGAUUUUUACCUCAUAGAUUUCAGUCCUGCCAAGAACCUCAACCAUUCUCUACAAGCAUAUUGCUUCUCCUUGUCUACCUCAUUUCAUCUAUGUUUAAGCCUUUGAAUUUGAUGCCAUUGCAAUGACUGAUGUCAUGAGCAGCUUUACAUUAUCUCAGAUUAAAAAAAAAGGCUUUUAUUGUGCUCUCAAAGCUUGUGUUUACUCUGAUACAGCUUGAAACAUUAUGCUCUUGGGUGUUCACAUGGGAUCAAAUUCAUCAUAAGGAUUCAGGUGUCCGCAUGUCAGAGUAAAUAAGGAUAAUUAUAAACCUGUGGAAUGCUUGAUCUCAAGAUGAAGGAGACGUGUCGCAUCUGUGGACGGGAGCUCUGCGGUAACCAGCGGCGAUGGAUCUUCCACCCCACCCCCAAGCUCAACCUGCAGGUGCUGUUGUCUCAUGCUCUAGGUCGAGAGCUGACCCGGGAUGGCAGAGGAGAGUUCGCCUGCUCCAAGUGCACCUUCAUGCUGGACCGCAUGUACCGCUUCGACACAGUGAUCGCCCGAGUGGAGGCCCUUUCCAUCGAGAGGUUGCAGCGGCUCCUGCAGGAGAAACACCGGCUGAGGCAGUGCAUCGGUGGGCUCUACCGUAAAACUAACUCAGAAGAGGGUGCUGUAACAUUACCUGGGGGUGAUGAAGGACCAGGAGAUGGGAUGGUGGACAUUUCAGGUCUCACUCAUGCAAAGUACUGUGCCCUGCUCCAGGAUGAUCUGGUCUACUCUUUGUAUGAGUCCUGGGCCGACGACGGCCUGGACUGUCAACACCACCACCAACCUCAGUGUCCUGCUGGUCCAGGGUCAGAGGUUACAGUGGCAGGCUCGCAUCGUUGUGUUCCCAGCACUCCCAGGAGGUGUCGGGGAUGUUCCUACUGGCGGGUGGCGGACUCUGACUACGAAGCUGUCUGUAAGGUGCCCAGGAAGCUGGCAAGGAGCAUUUCCUGUGGGCCGUCAUCCAGAUAUUCAGCCAGUGUUAUUGGAGGGAGUGUGACUGGAGGAGUGGGAGGUGGUGGAGAAGGACUACGAGAAAGAAAAAAUGUGGAGGAUUCAGAAGAACCCCCCUCCUCUUUAACUCUGGUCCCUGGUUCUCAGGACCCCUCGAGGACAUCAGACAGUGAUCGCACCCUGGCUGGACGCGCCAGCUCCAGCCCCUCUAUAGCAUCCUUAGAGACGACUGAGGAAUAUGUUCAGCCUGGAGCCAUAACAGAUGGGCCGCUGAGCUCCCCCAGGGAAAUAGUAGAUGACCGGAUAUCUGACUCCCUCUCUGAGGAGCACAUGGGAGCCCCACAUGGCCAAGCCUCACCUGGACCCAGCCUCUCUCUGGCCCUUUGUUUGCUGCAGAGCUAUGCUGUCUACCGGCCCGUCAUGAGCUCUAAGGGGAGCAAGCUGCCUGUGCUGCUCCGACGGAACACCAGUAAUGGAGGUUCAAAGCUGGGCUUCCCUGAUUCUGUUCUGGGAAUGUCUUAUGGAACUCCAGAGGGAGAAGGAGACAACCACAUGCCAACACCUGAGCUGGAUCCCCCUCUGAUGAGGCUUGGUGAUCAGGAUCUGAACCUGGCUUACAUGGAAGAUUUGCUGGAAGAUUUGUACAAAGAGUAUCCUCCCCCACGUCCUCAUCAGAGCCUCGUUGAGGAGCAGCAGAGUCAACUGAACCAGUAUGAGUGUGCAGCCGGCCAGUGUGUCAGCGAGCUUCAGAAGGCCCAGCUACAGGUCCAAUCCCUGCAGGCCAAGAUCCACGAGAGUGAGGCCAAAAAUAUGAAGCUGCAGGAGAAGCUGAAUGAGAUGGAGUGUGAGCUGCGUUCAAUCCGCCAGGCUGCUCAGAGUCAAGAAAGAACCAUUCAGGAUCUCACAGAGACCAUCAGCACCAAAGACAACGAGGCCCAGGAGCUGUACCAGCUGAUGGAAGAGCAGAACGCCACGCUGUGUAAGCUGAGAGAAAUGGUCCACCGCAACCAGCUUGCUCAAUGCAAGGCUCCAGAGGGGGUCAGCGAGUCCUUGACACUCGCCCAGCUGCAGGGCGAGCUGGUUGGGGUGCAGAGCUCCUUGUUCUCCCUUGGUCUGGAGCUGGAGGCCAGCCAGAGGAGUCUGAGACAGAGCCAGAGGCAGGGAGAUGACCUGUCGAGGUUCAAGGAAAGACUCAGCGCUGAUUUACAGGAGGUGCAGCAGCACAGGGAGGUCACUGAAAAGCACAACCAGGACCUGCGCUGUGCCCUUCAGAAAACUCGCUCGGAGCUUCAGGCCAAAGAAGCCGCUCUGAAGGAGGCCGAGGCAGAGAGACACACUGUGGUGCAGGAAUCAGACAGGAGCAUCGCACAGCUCCAGUGCUCUCUGCAGGACAAGGAACAACAGUUACAGGAGUACUCAGAGAUGUUGGAGUCAGGAAGCUCCAAACCAAGAGAUGCCCUGCUGGAGAAACUACGAGAGCGUAUUAAAGAUAGAGACAGAGCUCUGGAGCACUCCAUCGAUGACAAAUUCCGCUGUGUGGAGGAGCGCGAGGGCCAGGUGAGGAGGCUGCAGCUGGCCCUUAGGGAGAAGGAGCGAGACCUGGAGAGACUGCGCUGCAUCCUGUCCAACAACGAGGAGACCAUCACGAGUCUGGACGCCUUGGUGCGUGGCAAAGAGCUGGAGCUAGAGCAGGCGGCAGAGGCCUACAGGAACCUCCAGUGGCUGAAGCAGCAGAGUGAGGAGAAGGAGAGAAACACCCUGAGAGAAAAAGACACCAUCAUCAGCCAGCUACAGGCCGCUCUGCAGACACACAGCCAGGAGGCACAGGAUCUGACCGCUGCCCUGGUUGCCAGAGUUCAGGCUGGUCCCACUGAGGUUGUAGAGGAGUUGAAGGCUCGGCUGGCACUGAAAGAAAAGCUCUUCCAGGAACUGCUGUCGGACCGCAGCCGCCAGUCCAAUGAACACCAAGCACAGGUCCAGAACAUGCUGAACACUCUCAGCUCCAAAGACCAGUAUCUGCAGGACUACUCGUACAGGCUCUCCCUUGUGAUUAGUGAGCGGACUGUCCAGCUGCAGGAGUUACGCAGACAGCUGUCAUCGAGAGAGCGAGAGCUGUGCGAGCUGAGACAGGGCAAGGAGAGAGAGAUGGGAGGAGAGACGGAACAUCUGCGGAGUCUGCUCAAAGAGAAAGAAGCCUUUAUCAAGGAGCUGAUGCAGGGCCAGGAGGAGGCAAUGCAGCCAUCCACUAAAGAGAGUGAGGCAGAGAUGGAGGCUCUCCAGGUGGAGUUGAAGCUGGUACUGAAGAAGGAGAGGGAGGCUCAGAAGGAGCUCUCUGCUCUGCGUUUAUCUUUGGCUCACCAGCAGGACACUAGGGACAGCACUGAUCAUCAAUGUGUGCUAGAGCAGCUUGUGUCCGAGUACAACAAGCUGAAUGAUGCCCUGAGGGCAGAGAAGAGAUUAUACCAAAAUCUCACGCACAUUCACACCAACAGUGACAGUUCUGAGAAGAUCCAGGUCCUCCACACCGAGCUAGAUUCGAUUCAGGCACUCCGCAGACAGCUGGAGGAGGUCCUGGCCAGGACCCGUAACAUGGCCCUGGUGCUGGAACGGCCAGCUAAAAGGCAGCCUGACUUUGGAGAGCUCAGCACAGAGGAGGAGGAGGAGGAGGAGGGAGACGAUGAAGAUGGCAGCAGUGACGAGUUCACGGACAGCAUAGAGGAGGAUGAUGAUAAAGUGACGGCCAGAAGUUUGGCCUCCAUUCAGGUUUGUGAAACUGAGGUUGUGACUAGAGCGCUGGUGUCACAGAGAGCUGAUGUAAAGCAGCUUGAGGAAGCGAAGAAGAUACUUGAAGGCCAGCUUGAAGAAAUAAGAUCACAACUGGAGAGGGAUGGAUACACCUCCGUGGCUCAGCUGAGGAGUGCACUGCAGGGGCUGCAGCAGGAGAACCAGGCUCUGAAAGAAAGCCGAGGACGAGCAGAAGUGGUUGGACCGAGGACAAACCCAGGGAGGAAUCGCAGGAGUCUGAAUCAGGACGAGGAAGAACAGGAGGAGGGUAUUGAGAAAGAAGAUGAAGAGGAGGAAAUGUCUCCAGUGCCGGUGGGGAAGCCAGGUCAUCCGUGUGUUAGUCUGAGUGACGGGCGAGGGAAGAGGCACUGCAAGAGGCCACGCUGUCUGACGCCCCGUCAUCUCACACACCAGCCUGACACGGAGGUGGAGCCUGCUGGUGACAGCAGUGAGGUGGGAGCGCUCUGGCAGGAUAUAGGGGAGGGUCUCCGUGAGCGGGCGGCCCGCCUGAGCUCCAGUCUGGCUCUGAGCCAUCAGGAGAACAGAGAGCUGCAGGAAAGGCUGAUGGUGUCUGAGGCCACGGUCCACGCUCAGGCUGAACAACUGAAGGACUACAGAGAUCUGCUCACGGAGACAUCGGUCCAGCAGGCCAGUAAGCAGGUGCAGGUGGAUCUCCAGGAUCUGGGUUAUGAGACUUGUGGUCGCAGUGAGAACGAAGCUGAGAGAGAAGACGCCAGCAGCCCAGAGUUUGACGACCUGGAGAUGUGCACGUCACUGUCCCACCAACAGGACUACGAGGGUGCGGGCGGUAGCUGGUACGCUGGCAGCAGUAACACAGGCGCUUAUGAAAUGGGGGAUGAGUCAGCCUCUCUCCAGCAUCUGGUCCAGGAUCUCCGCUCACAGCUGAGCCGCUGCCACAAGGUGAUCCGUGGGCUGCAGCUGCGUGUCCGCUCCCUGUCUACCACCAGCGACUACGCCUCCAGCCUGGAGCGAACCCCACGCAAGGUAAACUGGGCCUUUGAGACAUCACCAGCCCCCAGUGGUGUGGAAGAGGAUGAAGGCUGGAUGUCUGACACCCAAGGGAUUCGCUCAGGGCCUAAGCCCAGCAGGGAACUGCAAGAACUGAUGACACGAGUUGCAUCACUUGAGGCUCAGCUGAAGAGCUCCAGACUGGAGGGCAAAGGCCAAGAAGAGGAGGUGAAAUGUGCCACCUGGCCCGGGAAGUACAACUCUUUGAUCCAGGCACAAGCUCGUGAGCUGUCCCACCUGAGGCAGAGGAUGAGAGAGGGGCAAGGAGUCUGUCAAAUCCUCACCCAGCACCUGGGUGAUACCACCAAGGCCUUCGAGGAGCUGCUGCGGGCCAAUGAUAUUGAUUACUACAUGGGUCAGAGCUUUAGAGAGCAGUUGGCACAGAACUCUGCCCUGGCACAAAGAGUGGUCACCAAGAUCAGUGGACGCGAACGUGCAGAGAGCCAUGAUGACAAGACCAGCCAUGAGUUGCUUGCCCUGCGGCUGAGUAAGGAGCUUCAGCAGAAAGAUAAAAUCAUCGAGUCACUCCACACCAAGCUGCAGCAGCGUCCGGAGACCCCGUCCAGCUGCCACGCUCUGUCUGAGACCACCGACCAAUCAGACAGAACGUCCCUGGUGUCCGAUGAGUACAGAACCAAUGAAGACUUGGAUCUGUGCUCCGAUUUAGACGCCAGAGAAUAUCAGGAGGAGCACCGGCUGCGCCAACCAGGACACGGAUCCGAACAAGACGUCCGUCCAUCUAUCCCUCCUCCUCAUGGCUUCCUCAAGACCUCCAGCAGCUGUCCCAACAUGCUUUGCUCAGCCCCUGUGGGUUUGACCAGUCAGUCCUACAGAGCCAUUUUCAGUGAGCCUGUCUCCUACUCCCUCUCUGUCCCCCCUGGCCCUGACGUCUGGGGUAGAGAAGUCACUUCUGACCCCCGGCCCAGGGCCCUGUCUGUGAUCGCUGUUCGCCCAGAGCUGGACACGCUGCACAAACAGAUGAAUGCGCAGAACAGGGGCUUUGCAGUUCCCCAUGACAAGGCUCUGUUCCCUCUCUCGCCGGGUGCCCACAACCAGCACGACCUCUCCAGCUACAGCCAGCUAUCCCAUCAUGCCUUUCAACAGUAUCAGCUGGGUGGCAUUCCCGAAGGCCACUCGCUGAAGUCUGACUCAGGUCUAGUGACGGGAGGGACUUUGUGGGACAUGGAGAACAUGGCUCAGCAGGUUGGAGGCUACUCUGGACCAUCGGGACUCCAGCAAGGAAGCAGCCAUGCAGGGGUAAAUUUGAUAGAGGAGCACCUGCGGGAGGUGAGGUGUCUCCGUCAGCGUCUGGAGGAGUCCAUUAGGACCAAUGAGAGGCUCCGACAGCAGCUGGAAGAGAGACUGGCCUUGACUGGCCGUGAUGGAGGGGCACCAACAAACAUCUACAUUCAGGGUCUGGACACAGUCACUCAACUGUCCAAUGAGAUCAGAGUUCUGAAGGAAGAGAACAUGGGUCUACAGUCACGCCUGCAGGCCAGUACAGACACAUGUGAGGAGGUGGUGCAGUUGCGGGAGACGGUGUUUACAGCACGUGCCCGCCUGAAACAAGCAGAGCUGGAGGCAGAGCAGUGGAAAGAGGAGCUAAGACGACUUCAGGCUCACAGCCAGGAGCAGGGACAGCAGAUACACAUAUUAAGGCAGGAACGGCAGGCCAGUCAGCAGAAAACCAACAGGCUCCAGCAUGAGGUGUCUCUCCUGCAGCAGCAGCUGUGUGAGAGCAGAGAGCUCAUCCACUCCCUGCAGAGUGAACUACAAGUGUACGAUCGAGUGUGUUCCAGCACAAAGGCCAACAAAGGCUACCUGUGUGAGCUCCCAGGUCUGCCGGUGGAGCUGGGGGAGCUGCUCGGGGAGGUGAGGAGUCUGCGAGCCCAGCUGCAAAACAGCGUCCAGGAGAACAGUGCUCUCAAACAGCUGGAGCUCCACAAGCAGCUGGAGCAGAAGCUGGGUGUGGGCUCUCCUCGGACCCCCUCCCUCUCCGCCCUCACUGCCAGCCCUCAGAGAGAGAACUUCUACAGGCGACAGCUGCUGCACGACCCAGCUCCGUCUCCACCAGUCAGGGACAUUGGUCUGUUUAACUGUGGGUCCCCCGGUCCUCCCUACUCAGACCUGGAUGACAGCCAUAGCACUGCCAAUGACCCUCUUGACCCUCACUCUGAGCUGGAGGGGGAGGCCCCAGACGGAUCGUUUGCGAACCGUAACGGCCGCCACGCCAUCGGUCACGUGGAUGACUUCAGCGCUCUUCAGCAGCAAGUCCUAGAGGGACGGAGCCUCGUCCAGCGCAUGGAGACAACCCUGCAGGCCUGUCUCGGCCCACCGCUGCUGGAGAGCAACCAGCAGCACAGCAGUGAGCUGGUCUUGGACUAUGGAUGUGUAAAAAGUCUGCUGUCCAACACCAAGACUCUGAGGCAGAUCCUGGAAGAGGCGAUGUCUCUCCUGAAGAUGUUCUGGAGAGCAGCUCUGCCCAGCACUGAUCCCUCCAUCCAGAACCUUAAGAAGGAGCAGUGUAUGCAGGAGGAGAUCUUGUCUCUGAAACUGCGUAUAUCAGAGCAGGAAGAGGUUCUUAAAGGGACGAUUCAGAGACUGAGGAGCACCAGCCGCACCAAGGAGAACAUGGAGCACUUCAUAGUCAACCAGUUGUCAAGGACUCGUGAUGUGCUUAAGAAAGCCAGGACAAAUUUAGAGAAGAACGAGCUGAGACUUUCCUCUCUAAGCUCCUCCUCUUCCUCUCCUUACGCUGCUGAGGACCCAGGAGGUGCUGCCAGAGAGCGGCCUGCUGAUCGCGGUUUCCUGAAGGCCGGCGGUGGCUCCGGGGCUGCAGCCAAUCAGCGUCCAGCAGCGAGGAAGCGCAGCAGCCAAUGCCUGCUUUAAACUUUUAAAGAACCAGCCUCAACGCUACCACCUCUGACCUCUAACCUCUAUGCUGAAACAGCCAAGACCCCUCCCCCGCCCCCACCACCCACCCCCCACCCCC